UUAAAAAUCCGAUUUUGGGUCUGGACACCUAUCAGACCAAAUACUUGGCGUGAGUUGCAGUUUUCUCAAAUUCCGCUACUGGUCAACUCUCUUCGUUCACUCCUCAAAUCUCAAUAUCAGGAGAGAGAGGGAGAGAGAGAGAGAGGGCAAAGGAGAACAGGGGUGGAAUGGGGGUAAUAACAACGGCAGUGAUAGCAAUAGCAGGUGUAAUUCUUGGUUGGAUAACCAUAGAGAUGGCGUGCAAACCUUGUCUCGAAAAGGGCCGAGAAGCCAUUGAUCAAAACCUCAAUCCCGACUAUGACCCUGAUGAUGACAUCCGGUCCCCUUUAAAUGCAAACCCAACUGAACAGUCCGAUUCAACUUCUGCUACUGCCAUCAAAAUUGUCUGAUCAUGUGUUAAGUAUUCUCUUGCUGGGUUCUUCACUUUCCUAAAUUCCUCCAUUGUCCACUUACGAAAUUUUAGUUUCUUGCUUGUUUUACUUUAGUUGUUAUCUUCGCUUCUAAAUUUGAUAAUUCAUAUUUCGAUAAUUUCUGGACUUCUGUCCAUGAGAAAAUUGUUUGUUUGGUUCUAUUUUUCUGUAUAAUGAUAUGAGGAAAUUAUUUGUUGAAAAAUGUAGUUAUUGGCUUUGAAGUUGUUUGUUUCUUCAGAUUGUUGACAAUGUAAUGAUUUUGGGAUCUUUUAGCUUUGCUUAACAUA